AUGUCUAAAGGUGUUGACAAUACUGCCAUCCUCGCGGAGAUUGCGCAGCUGAAGCAAUUACUGGCUGAAAAGGAGGCCUUGAUUAUCACGGAUGACAGCGGUUCAAUCGCCAAGAAAUCUAAGAAGAAGAGCCAAAAGAAUAUGGUGGAGACAGAGCCUGUGCAGGGUUGCCGUGACUUCCCACCUGAGGUAAUGAGAGGUCGUCGGUAUUUAUUUGAUGUUUUCCAUGCUACCGCAAAGAAGUUUGGCUUUGAAGAGUAUGACGCACCUGUACUGGAGUCAGAGGAGUUGUAUAUCCGUAAAGCUGGGGAAGAAAUUACUGAGCAAAUGUUUAAUUUCAUUACUAAGGGUGGUCAUCGUGUAACAUUGCGACCAGAGAUGACACCAUCUCUUGCACGUUUACUCCUUGGGAAAGGUCGAUCUCUCCUCUUACCUGCAAAGUGGUAUUCUAUUCCACAAUGCUGGCGUUAUGAAGCCAUCACACGUGGUCGACGACGGGAACACUACCAAUGGAAUAUGGACAUUGUGGGCGUAAAGGGAGUAUCUGCAGAAGUUGAACUGGUAUGUGCAGCGUGUGAUGCUAUGCAGAGUUUGGGACUGACUUCAAAAGAUGUUGGUAUCAAAAUUAACUCUCGAAAGAUAUUACAAACAGUGGUAGAACAAGCCGGUGUUACUCCAGACAAAUUUGCCCCUGUUUGUGUUAUUGUGGACAAGAUGGAUAAACUUCCUCAUGAGGAAGUUAUAUCGCAGUUGGUUGCUCUCGGACUUGAUGCUAAUGUUGUAAACGUUAUCACCAGUACUCUUUCUCUCAAGUCCAUUGAUGAAAUAGCGCAACGUCUUGGAGAAGAGCACGAUGCUGUUCAAGAACUCAAGCAGUUCUUUGCACAAGUUGAGGCAUACGGUUAUGGUGACUGGGUAGUCUUCGAUGCAACUGUAGUGCGUGGACUAGCCUAUUACACAGGUAUUGUUUUUGAAGGUUUUGACCGUGAAGGAAAGUUCCGUGCUAUCUGUGGUGGAGGUCGUUAUGACAACUUGCUCACGACCUACGGAAGCCCAACACAAGUUCCAUGUGCUGGUUUUGGCUUCGGUGAUUGUGUUAUUGUUGAACUCCUCCAGGACAAGCAAUUGUUGCCUAAUAUUCCACAUGUUGUGGAUGAUCUCGUAAUUCCCUUUGAUGAAUCAAUGCGUACCCAUGCUUUAACAGUUCUUCGCCGACUACGGGACGCUGGACGAAGUGCAGAUAUCGUCCUUGAUAAGAAGAAGGUGGUUCAGGCAUUUAACUAUGCAGACCGCAUUGGGGCUGUCCGCGCAGUGCUUGUGGCCCCAGAUGAAUGGGCCCGCGGUGAAGUACAGGUAAAAAUGCUUCGAGAAGGAGCCGGAAAAGAAGAGGGAACGGUUGAACGUGGAACGGCAGUUCCACUGGACCAACUCGUGUAA